UUCUUACCCUAGGUCUUCCGCUUGCCUCCGGUGAGGUUGGCAGCUUCGCGACCUGUUGCGGCGGCGCUGAGUACGGAUUGCCGGUGCCUCCUGCAGCCAGGGCAGCCGGCAGGGGGAAAUGGCCACAGAGUUGCUUCCACCCCAGGCUCAGAAAACUUCUCAACAAAAAUAGAAGACCAACAAAAACCUCAUUCAAGUGAGUGUUUGGCCAGAGUGUGAUGUGUAUCCCAGGCGAUCUGCUAAAGAGAUCACAAAGGUGGAAAGCUCCUUGAAGGCAAAUGAGUGGAUUAUCCAACCCAGGUUUACAGUGUGGCAAAUUUGUCAGGCCAGAGAACAUUCCUGGCCUUUCGACCUCCUUCCUGGCUUUGGAGGACCGUAAAGAGAAAGCAUGCUGUGACUCUACACUGACACCUUUAGAAAUGUGUCCUAAGGAAGAAAGCUUUGCACACUUUCCCGGUGACCUGCAGGGCUGCUCAAGCCGGCAUUUUUAGAGUUACUAAAGUGGAAAUAACCCAGAUGUCCACCAGUAGAUUAGUUACAUGAACUGAUUGACCUAUACAAUGAAAUGAGAGACAACAAAUAAAACGUGCAGUGGAUCUUCUGUCUUUGUUUAAAUAUAAAGCGGUUUUAGCAUGUAAAAAAUCUGAAAGGACACAUAGGAAGAAGUUAACAAAACUUGUUUCUGUGGUAGAAAGUUAACAUUUCUUUUUCUUUUACUUAUUGAUCUUUGCUAAGUUGCUUUUAAAGAAAAAGAUUCUUAAUAAGAAAAGAAAGGGGUCACUAGUUUAAAAGAGGGCCUCCCCUCACCCAGGACACAAAGAUGGCCCAAGAUGGGGACAGUCCAGCACACCUGUUCCUCCCUGAGGGAAUGUGCUGGAGACUCCUUCUAAAACCUGAUGCUGACACCUCACCUGUGGAAGGAGUUUGGUCUCGAUGAUUGUCCAUUUCCACAUCUGAAGGCCUGCAUCUCUGUCAUUCUGGAGUCCGUGACGUUCGGGGACGUGGCCGUGCUCUUCAGCCGGGACGAGUGGCUGUGCCUGGACUCUGCACAGAGAACCUUGUACCGGGAGGUGAUGCUGGAGAACUACCACAGCCUGGUGUCCCUGGGGAUUCUGUUUUCCAAACCAAAGGUUAUCUUCCAGUUACAGCAAGGGGAAGACCCCUGGAUGGUGGGAAAUGGACUUUCCUACGGUGCACGUCUAGGGUGGGGGAGCUUGUUUGAAACCACAUUUUCCAAAGAAGACUAUCAGGAAGUAAUGAGUAAACUCAUAGGUGAUGGUACUUUUAACUUCAAGUUGGAGAAAAUCUACAUAAAUGAGGACAAGCUGGAGAAGCAGCAAGGCAAAAAGAACAAACCUUUCAGGAAAGUCUCAAUUACCAUAAAAAAAUCCUACACAAAGGAGAGGAACCUCAUAGGUAUUGAACUUGAGAAAAAUCUUGGUCUAAUAUCAUCAGUUAUUAGGAAACCCAGAAUUGUUUCCAGAGGAAGGAAACCCCAUUCACAGCAGUAUUCAAUUCUAUUUAAACAACUGGGAGUCAAUACAGUGCGAAAAUGUUACGAGUGUAACAUAUGUGGGAAAAUCUUCCUCCACAGUUCUUCCCUGAGUAAACAUCAGAGAAUCCACACUGGAGAGAAGCUCUAUAAAUGUAAGGAAUGUAGGAAAGCCUUCAGCCAAAGCUCAUCCCUGACUCAGCACCUGAGAGUUCACACUGGAGAGAAACCUUACAUAUGCAGUGACUGUGGAAAAGCGUUCAGUUUCACUACAUCUCUCAUUGGACAUCAGAGGAUGCACACUGGAGAGAGACCCUAUAAAUGUAAUGAGUGUGGGAAAACAUUUAAAGGUAGCUCAUCCCUUAAUAAUCACCAGCGAAUUCACACAGGGGAAAAGCCCUAUAAGUGUAAUGAAUGUGGGAGAGCCUUUAGCCAGUGCUCAUCUCUUAUUCAGCAUCAUAGAAUUCAUACUGGAGAGAAACCAUAUGAAUGUAGUCAGUGUGGGAAAGCCUUUACUUCAAUAUCACGGCUAAGUAGGCACCAUAGAAUUCAUACUGGAGAGAAACCCUUUAAUUGUAAUGAGUGUGGGAAAGUAUUCAGUUACCACUCAGCUCUCAUUAUACAUCAGAGAAUUCACACAGGUGAGAAACCUUAUUCGUGUAAAGAAUGUGGGAAAGCCUUCAGCCAAAGCUCGGCUCUCAUACAACAUCAAAGAAUUCAUACUGGAGAAAAACCCUACAAAUGUAAUGAGUGUGGAAAAGCUUUCUCCUGGAUUUCACGGCUUAAUAUACACAAUAGAAUUCAUACUGGAGAGAAACCAUAUAAUUGUAAAGAAUGUGGAAAAGCCUUUAGUUCCCACUCAGCAGUUAAUACUCAUCGAAAAAUUCACACUGGAGAGAAACCGUAUAAAUGUAAUGAUUGUGAAAAGGCCUUCAACCAAAGCUCAGCUCUAAUUCAGCACCAGAGAAUUCACACUGGGGAGAAACCAUUUAACUGUAAAGUGUGUGGGAAAGCCUUUAGACAAAGUUCAUCCCUUAUGACACACAUGAGAAUUCAUACAGGAGAAAAACCUUAUAAAUGUAAAGAAUGUGGGAAAGCUUUUAGUCAGAGUUCUUCCCUUACUAAUCACCAGAGGACUCAUACUGGAGGAAAACUGUAAGUAAAAUGCAUGUGGAAAAUAUUUCAACUGAAGUUCAUUCCAUACUGAAUAUCAAAGAAUUCAUCCUGGGGAGAAAGUGAUAAAAAGUACUUAAUUAUGGGUUAAACUUCAGAAUAUAGACCUAAUCAGACAUCAGAGACUACAUGAUGCAGGAUAACCUUAGGAAUAUUAGGAAAGUGUCUAAAAAUGAUUUUUGUGUGUGCUCUUAAGUUAUUAUUGACUAUAAAAUAGAGAAUUUGUAAA